UGCAACGUUGCAACAAACAUCCUUGACAGCCGCCCCCCAUAGACAAAUAUGACAGGUAUUUCGACCAAUAGGUUGCCUUAAAAUACAGUUACGUAAUCAUAAUAUAGCGUAAGGACCCAAUCAUGAGACUUGGGGCGGGUCUUAGAAGCCCAUUUGAUGUGUGCGUGCGUGUGUUCGUUCGCGUGUGCGCAACACAUCAACUGGAGACAGUCAUGUGACCGCAGACACAGACCACUGAUUGGUCAGGAUGGGCAGAGGGCGUGCCGACGGUGGCGGCGUGCGUUUGCCUCUGUGACACAAUUACAACAACUUUGAGCCGAUGGUUGGGGAAGUUUGCGAUAUUAUCAAAUAACACUCACUCCUAAAUCCCAACAUUACAUCAACUUCAUGCAUAAAUUGGCACUGGAAUACACGCUGUGUUUUGAUGUACAAUGAGGAGUGUGGAAGGUAAUUUGAAGGGAUCAUUUCCUUGAGGAUUUGGCAAGAAUUACGCUACGCCCCGUUUUAGUCCUGGAUAGGUGUGCAACACUUUGGUUGUUAUUGCAUUUUGCCGGAGUUGCUCGGUCCCGUUGAUCUUGCCGUUUCUUUUCCAUGAAAUCGUGCGGAGUGUCGCUCACCGCCGCUGCCUCUGCUGCUGCCCGGAGUCUCGGCGUUGCUGGUAAUGACGAGGAGAAAAUGGCGUCGGGAAAAGCGACUGAAAUCGAAGAGGACUUUCCGAAGCUAACAGCGCAAGAGAAAGAGAGCUUGGUCGGAAUUGACAGUUCACUGUUUGGAUUUCAUAGGCUUCAAGAAGAUGGCGCCAGAACGAAGGCCUUGCUGUUAAAGGCUGUUAGCUGCUAUGAUGCCCUCAUCCUAAAAGCAGAGGGGAAAGUGGACCCUGACAUUUUCUGUCAGCUGGGCCACUUCAACCUCCUGCUGGAGGACUAUGAAAAAGCAUUAUCUGCAUACCAGAGGUACUUCAGUUUACAGUCGGACUACUGGAAGAAUGCUGCCUUUUUAUAUGGCCUUGGCAUGGUCUACUUCCGUUACAACGCAUUUCAGUGGGCAAUCAAGGCGUUCCAGGAGGUGCUUUACAUCGACCCCAGCUUCUCAAGAGCUAAAGAGAUUCACCUGAGGCUGGGACUCAUGUUUAAAGUCAACACAGACUACGAGUCGAGCUUAAAGCAUUUUCAGCUGGCUUUGAUCGACUCUAAUCUCUGCACUUUGUCCAAAGCUGAAAUUCAGUUUCACAUUGCUCAUUUGUAUGAGAUCCAGAAGAAAUACAGAGCGGCAAAAGAAGCGUAUGAAAGUCUGUUGCAGACGGAAAAUCUUCCUGCGCAGGUGAAGGCGACCACUCUGCAACAACUUGGCUGGAUGCAUCACACGGUGGAGCAGCUCGGCGAUAAAGGCACCAAGGACAGCUAUGCCAUCCAGUGUCUGCAGAAGUCUUUAGAAGCAGACCCAAACUCUGGCCAGUCCUGGUACUUUCUCGGCAGGUGCUACUCGAGUAUUGGGAAGGUGCAGGAUGCCUUCAUCUCUUACCGUCAGUCCAUUGAUAAGUCGGAGGCCAGUGCUGACACCUGGUGCUCCAUAGGGGUGCUCUACCAGCAGCAGAACCAGCCUAUGGAUGCACUGCAGGCCUACAUCUGUGCUGUUCAACUGGACCACAGCCACGCCGCUGCCUGGAUGGACCUGGGCACCCUCUACGAAUCCUGCGGCCAGCCGCAUGACGCUAUCAAGUGCUACAUCAAUGCUACACGCAGCAGGGCCUGCCUCAACACUGCUGCACUCACACAACGCAUCAAACUGCUGCAGGCUCAGUUGUGUAAUCUACAGCCAGGUAGUCUGCAGAAUAAGAGUAAAAUGCUUCCUAGUAUUGAGGAGGCGUGGAGCCUACCCAUUCCUGCUGAGCUCACGUCCAGGCAGGGGGCCUUGAACACUGCACAGGCACAGCAGGCCUGCAAGGGGGAGGGAGGCCAGUCCGCUAGUAAUCACACAGACCCACAGGCCAGUCCUGCUAAGAGGAAACGCACUGCCAGUCCAGCUAAGAGUGUUGCAGACUCAUGGGCAAACAGCACCAAUCAACAGCAGAUCCCCAGCUGGUACUUAACACCACAGAAGCUUCAGCUCCUGGAUCACUUGCGGACCAACCGAGCAAACCUCAAGCCCCCACAGGUGCAGAUGCUGGAGCAGCUGGAGAACCAGUUCUCUCUCAUGCAGCAACAUCAGCAGCAGAUGAGGCAGGCAGUAGCGGGUGGCCAGCCGCGGCCCAGCCUCCCCAAUGGUCCUUUGGCUGAGCCCUCUCACCACCUUGCAGGCCUCUCCCGCAGCUCCCCCCUCAAUCACACAGCCACUCAACCCCCGUGUGUCACCCAGCCCACAGCCAAUGGAUCCUGUUCUUCGAGUCCUUCAGCGGGGCCACUGGGACACCUGGACAAAAAUCACACCCUGGGACUGGGAGGUGGCGGCACGAGCAACGGAAACGUGCCUUACCCGCAGCAGAACUCUCUACCUCACAACUGCACAGCCGCCAGUCACCCCAGCACCAGCAGCACUACCAGUAGUCCCAGUCACGCAGACGAGACAUGGAGGAGCCAACAACGCAACACUACCACUCAGGGGCUUCACAAAGGUCCAGGUUCACAUUCGGCGGGUCCCAAUGGAGAACCCCCUUUCUCUUCCUCCUCCUCCCCUCAGACCUCGUUCUCUUCCUCUGGCAUUCUGAAUCAGGUUGGACAUUCCUCUGGGCCCUGCACUGCCUCCUCCUCAGCCUCUUCCUUAUCCCCCACCUCUCCCCAGACCACACCCAACCACUUUCCUCAGCCUCCCCACUCUGCUACUACCUCAGGGGUCCACACCAAAGACACCACGCCUUCAGGGGGCAGCAACGGCAGCAGUGGUGCAGUUACCACUUUGCCAUCAGGUCCAGAGGCUGCCGUCAGGCAUUCCGCAGGGACGCCCCUUAGUCCCAGCACCACCCCCGCGCAGGGAUUGACUAAUCACGUCCAGCCGCGGGUGAUGGACAGCUCUGCUAGCCUGUCUCAGCCUGGCUCUCCUGCCCCCGGCGUGCUCAGUUCAGACAAUCCUCAGCUCUCAGCCUUGCUAAAGGGAAAAGCCAAUGCUACCAGUAAUGAUGAUAACAAUAACUACAGUAACCACGGAGGGCCUUCCUCAGAGAAAAUCAACAACGUCCACCCGGGUCUCCACGGUGCCGUCAAGCCAACAUCGGAGCACUCUGUGGCAUCCUCGCCGGUUUCAGCCACUGCUACGCCCUCUCCACGCUCAGCAGACCUUCACGCCACCAACAGCCUCUCCUGCCUUAACAGCCCGUCCAACACCAACAGCCAGGGGCCCACGGUCAAUGGAAAGGGGCUGGAGGACUCCCAGAGCCCAAUGAAGGUAGAGCCUUCAGGAGGCGCUCAUAAACACAAUGCCCCUGCUGGUCUGGCACCCUGGUCCUCGUUUUCCAUCUACCCCAGCUCCAGUGAAGUCCUCAAAGCAUGCAGGAAUCUGGGGAAGAACGGCCUGUCAACUAACAGCAUCCUCCUGGACAAGUGUCCCCCGCCACGACCCCCUCGCCCGCCCUCUCCUCCACUGCCAAAGGACAAACUCAAUCCUCCGACGCCCAGUAUUUAUCUAGAAAACAAGAGGGAUGCCUUCUUCCCUCCCCUCCAUCAGUUCUGCACCAACCCCACCAACCCUGUCACCGUCAUCAGAGGACUGGCUGGAGCCCUCAAACUAGACUUGGGCCUGUUCUCUACUAAGACGUUGGUGGAGGCCAACCCAGACCAUCUGGUGGAGGUGCGGACCCAGUUAGCUCAGCCCACCGAUGAGAACUGGGACCCCAGUGGCAGCAGGAAGAUGUGGCGCUGCGAGAGCAGCCGCUCUCACACCACCAUCAUCAAAUACGCUCAGUACCAGGCCUCGUCGUUCCAGGAGUCUCUGCGGGAGGAGAAUGAGAAGAAGAAGGAGAUGGAAGCAGAAGCCAGUUCCUCAGACAGUGCGAUGCGGCGACGGAAAGGUCCUUUCAAACACAUCAAGUUUGGCACCAACAUUGACCUCUCUGAUGAGAAGAAGUGGAAACAGCAGCUUCAGGAGCUGGCUAAGCUGCCAGCUUUUGCCAGGGUGGUAUCAGCUGGUAACCUGCUCAGCCAUGUGGGACACACCAUCCUGGGCAUGAACACUGUGCAGCUCUACAUGAAGGUGCCAGGGAGCAGGACACCAGGUCAUCAAGAGAACAACAAUUUCUGCUCAGUCAACAUCAACAUAGGUCCUGGGGACUGUGAGUGGUUUGCUGUGCCUGAGCCGUACUGGGGCGUCAUCAACGACUUCUGUGAAAAGAACAACAUCAACUUCCUGAUGGGGUCGUGGUGGCCCAACCUGGAGGACCUGUAUGAGACCAACGUGCCUGUUUAUCGCUUCAUCCAGCGUCCUGGAGACUUGGUGUGGCUCAACACAGGCACUAUUCACUGGGUUCAGGCCAUCGGCUGGUGCAACAACAUUGCAUGGAAUGUCGGACCACUCACAGCCCAUCAGUACAAGCUGGCAGUGGAGCGUUACGAGUGGAACAAACUGCAGAGUGUCAAAUCCAUCGUUCCCAUGAUCCACCUCUCCUGGAACAUGGCCAGGAACAUCAAAGUGUCAGACCACAGGCUCUUUGAGAUGAUCAAGUAUUGUUUGUUACGGACUCUGAAGCAGUGUCAGAUGCAGCGGGAACUGCUGUUGGCUGCUGGGAAGGAACUGGUGUGGCACGGGAGGACCCAGAACGAGCCGGCACAUUACUGCAGCAUCUGUGAGGUGGAAGUGUUUGACCUGCUGUUUGUAACCAGCGAGAGCAACAGCAGGAAAACUUAUGUGGUGCACUGCCAGGACUGUGCCCGUAGGGGGAGCACUAACCUGGACAACUUUGUGGUGCUAGAGCAGUACAAGAUAGAGGACCUCAUGCAGGUUUAUGACCAGUUCACACUUGCGAGUCCCCUGCCUUCCUCCUCUUGAUGGUAACACUCUGUUGAUCUGAGGACAGUUAGAACCACGAUGGACUUAAUCGGAAACUCUCCGGAAACCUUUUUUUUUCUUUUCUGAUAUUCAGGAAGUAAGAUGGCAGUCCUCCAACUGCGCUCUGUAGCUAUCCCAUAAGGCAGCUGCGUGAAAGCUGUGUGUCUAUGCAACCUGCCCAGAGUGGUGUGCCUCCCCCUGGUGGACUGGAGGGGGGAUGGCAGCGCCUCCUGACAUCAUGACCAGACUGUUCUACUGCUGGCCCAGCUGGACUUCACUAGAAAACACACACAAAGCCCCACAUAAAAAUGAUGAAAUAAAGUUUUGUACAUAUUAUGUUUUAACUGGCAACAUCGUCACACAAAGACUACUGACUUGAUAGUUUUUUCUUUUUUUCCAUUUUUGUAUUCUGUUUUGUGGGUUGACACGAGAACUUCGUUCCCUCCCCUCCAUGAGAUGAGUAAUUAGCAUAGCUGGUCAUUUUGUAUGUUAGACACCUUCUUGGUCAGGAAAACAAGAUAUAAACUGUUUUGUAAUGUGAAAAGUUGAGUGACACAUUCUUUGCAACAUUUCCCCCGUUUUUAAAAAUCAGUUAAAUUGUAUUUUGCUGGAACUCCGAUGAGUCUUUGGUUACGUUGGGGCGCGGGAGAGGAAAUUAUUUGUAGACAAACAGCCAAGUCAGAGAAAAAGGGUUGCACAUAGACAAAAGAGUGAACUUAAAUUUGUGUUUUUUAUUUUGAUGUAAAUUUACACUAUUUAUAAAAUGCAUAUUUAUUGCUUGAAAAUAUUUGUUGAUGGAAUGCUGUAAUUUUUUUUCCAGAGUACCUGCCAUUAAAUUUGAAGGAGCCUUGUGAUUUUAAGCUCGGCCCCUCAUACGUUUUCUAUAUAAAUAAAACUGCUUAGUAAGCAUUGUACAGAGACCUUCCCUUGAAAUGGGUUUAUUGUUUGAAGGAUGUUUUAUGCGUCAAUAAACAAAAACUGUCUUUAUUUA